AUGGAGGGUGCUAUUGCACGCUACCGGCGCAAUGGUCAAGUCCAUGCCAUCAAAAACAACGACGGGCUACCAGAACUCAUCCAACUUGCCGACACUCGAUUAAACCCACAAGUUGGCCCAUUCACGCCAGAUGACUCAAGCGAUGCCUACACCUUCUCCGGAGAUAAUCUGAUAAAGGUGGCCGUCCUCAACGACCCCGGCAACUGCAUCAUCGUCACCCUGCUCAAACGGUGUCAUCGACGGUACAAGAAUGAUCAACCCCUCACGAACGACUCCUACUUCGUCGGUAUUAAUGCAACUGACUUUACGCCCGUAUUCACUCGUGGCGUCGCCAUGAGCUCGCUGAAAAACAAUACCUACGAAAGUACUGCACGUACCGGCUCGAGCAUGACACUUCCGUGUCUCAUCAUCCCGCCCGUCGAUAUGCUUCGCCCCUAUCAGUUGCUCUUUCUUAAGCACUUAUCGAGGGAUCAGGGCUAUGGGAGCAGAUUCCGAACCGUAUCAGAGAACGAGAAAGCGUUAUACAAAAAUCAGCAGCAGCAUGCCUUCGCCGCGGGCCACGCAUGUCCUUUGCUUGUGGCCUCUGCAGGGACUGCACCCGAUUACGCAGCCAUAUCUGAUACGAGAGAGAACAAGUGGAGACAUUUUCGAAUGAUGAUGCCCAAAAUGGAGGGAAGGGCAAUCCCAAAAGAUCUCAUGGAAGAGAUCGAUGGGUUCCUUGGCAAGUAUGACCAGGAUGUUGUGUCUCCUAACUUGGCCUUGAUCUUGGCCAUCAUUUACCAUGAUUGCUACCACGCUCUCGAUCUAGGAGCCGAGAAGGAAUUGAAGAAGCCCAUGAAGCCUGUCCCCUUGAUUUCACUUGCCCAGAUCAUAUUGUAUGGGCCGCACUAUUUUCGGAUCCACGAAGAACUCAAGCUCGCGGCUUACGUCCACAUCUUUCGCGCCGUGGAUUACUUUUACAGCAACGACAAGAAGCUCGGCGCCUUCGUCAUCAACGAUGAGGACAUCAAUACCGAUCUUGUUUUCAAGUGCAUUGAUGAGAUGGCACUUGGCGAGGAGGACUGA